UGGCGUGUACAUCCGGUUACUGCGUUGUCAAAUGUCAAAAUGAAAAGUAUACCGGCAAUGGCUAAAUUGUAUUUUACAUUUUUAUUAGUUCUAAAUGUAGCAUUUUAUUGCUGCAGUGCCAAUGUCGACACUAUAUCAAGGGAUAUAAAAAUAAAAAAUGUCGACCGGACAAUCGACGUAUCAUCACAGCUCGUGAAAAUAGCGUCAAAAAUAACCGUGGAGAACGCAGGUAACUCGCCGGUCAAGAACUUUUUGAUUGCAGUAGAGGAGUCGGCGAAGAAUAAUUUGGCAUUCAUCGGUGCUAAGGACAGUAAUAGCAAGGAAAUUCGGCUUACGGAGACUACCGAAGGUUAUGGGUAUGUCAAAUUUUGGCGUGUCGAGUUGAAAGAUCCUGUGAAUGUGGCGUCUACGGCAUUAGUAACUGUAGAAGCUGUGUUUACGAAAGCUCUACAGCCAUAUCCUACAGCAAUAAGCCAGCAGGAAGACCAACUAGUAAAGUACAUAGGUAAUCUUUACGUGUACUCUCCAUACUAUGUGACUACACAGAAAACAAACGUCAUCGUGAACACUAAGAACGUCGAAUCCUUCACAAAAGUGAAGCCGUUCUCCCAAGUAGACGGCACUAUUCAGUACGGUCCGUACUCGAACACUGGGCCGUUCACUGAGAAGGAGUUGAGUGUCCAUUACAAAAAUAACUCCCCAUUCCUGACUGUAACCCGCAUUGAGCGUCUAAUUGAAGUCUCGCAUUGGGGCAACAUUGCUAUUGAAGAAGUAAUUGAGAUUGAACACAGUGGUGCUAAGCUCAAGGGGGUCAUUUUGUCCCGCUAUGACUAUCAACAGGACCAUCACAGCGGCCCUGCCAGUGUCCGGUCUUACAAAACAUUACUCCCAGCCUCUGCUUCUGAUGUUUACUAUAGAGAUACUAAUGGAAACAUCUCUACAUCCAACAUGAAAGUAAAGAAAGAUUCAGUUGAAUUGGACCUGAGGCCUCGGUACCCUCUGUUUGGAGGUUGGAGAACUCACUACACCCUCGGCUACAAUGUGCCAAGCUAUGAAUACCUCUACCACUCUGGUAAUGAGUAUUUACUCAAGAUGAGGGCAGUUGACCAUAUCUUUGAUGACAUGCAGGUUGAUGAGUUGGUAACGAAAAUCAUAUUGCCUGAAGGUUCCACUGGUAUUAAAGCAAACAUUCCUUACGCGGUGACAAGGCUACCUGAUAGCCUUCACUACACAUACUUGGAUACAAAAGGCCGUCCAGUUAUCACCUUCACCAAGAAGAAUGUUGUAGAAAACCACAUCCAAGAUUUCCAAUUGCGUUACACUUUCCCACGCUUGUUAAUGUUACAGGAGCCUCUACUGGUAGUUGGCUUCUUGUAUGCACUCUUCUUGUGUGUAAUUAUUUACGUAAGAUUAGAUUUUUCUAUUCAUAAGUCUGAACAUCCACAUAAAGAUUAAUUUUAUUUUAUUCCACUAAUUAUAUUUAUGUUAACACAUCUAGUUCUUGUGCAUUUCUGUGGUGUCUCUUGUAUGUGUGCAGAAAUAAAGUGUUUUUAUUAUAAUUUAAA